AAAUUUAAAAAAAGAAAAGAAAAAUAAAGGAAGAAAUGUCUCCAUUCUCCGAGUUUGAGUUUUGACUCUUUUGUUUUCUCUCUCUUAUGCCAAAGUCUAAAAGAAAGAAACAAUCAAAAUUCAAUUUUGUAGUGAUUUUGUUCUUCAUUUCUCCAAUUAUACAACAACUGCCUAAAGUGUCAUCAUUCAAGUUGCUCUCUUUCUCUUCUUCUCUUUUUAAUGGUUUUGGUUUGCUUUUUUUUUUUUUUUUUUGGGUUUCACUUCUCUUUCUUGGUGAGCAACAUACAAUCUUUGUGCUUGGUAGGCUGUGCCGUUGAGGUAAAAAUGGGCCCUAAACUCCACUUGAAAGAUUUAAUGUUUUGAAAAGAAGGGCAUCUCUCCCUAUCUCCCCUCUUGCAGUGCCCCCAUUUUCAUGCUGUCUAGCAUUUGUAUCUUUUAAGGGGGUUCUUUCUUUCUUUUUUUUACUUUUUUUAUCAGCGGAUAAGAUUUGGGUUUCUUUCUUCUUCUCACUAUGAAUUCAUUAUAGGUCAAAAGUUGAGAUUUUCCAUCUGGGUUCUUGAUGUUUAACAUGCGUUUUGAAAAUGAUAUAAUAAAGGCGUGCUCUUUGUGGAUUUUGUCUUUCCAAUGUUCUUAAUUCAAAGUUAACUAUCAGUUAUCUUUGAGCUGGAUUAUAUAGUUUGAAGGUAGAAUUGGAAGGUUGAGAUGAUUUCUUUUUUCUCCUGAAAUUCAAUCGGUUGGACGUAUUUGCAAAAGGGUUUAUAUUUGAAAAAGGUGAGCUCUGGAUGUGAACUGGCGGUGCCGUUGAUCAUGUGUAUGCACUUGGAAUUUGUUUGUUUCUAAUGCAGGGUGUAAAAUGAUUGAGAGAUAGGUGCUUUGAAUUUGAAGGUGGAAUUUUGAUAAAUCAAGUGCUUGGCUAAUUCUUGAAGUGGAAACUAUGGAUAGAGGGAUUCAGCCUCCUCUGGUUGAUACGACAGCCUGUUUAUGUAGAGUAGAUGCCAGCCUCAAAACCGUUGCCAAUGCAAAAAGAUACGUUCCGGGAUCUAAACUCUGCCUGCAACCAGAUAUUAAACCAUCCAUUCAUCCCACUAGGAGCAAGCCAUCACGUGGUGACAGGAGUAGGAACCAAUCUCCUCUGCUACCAGGCCUCCCUGAUGAUCUUGCUAUUGCAUGCCUGAUCAGAGUCCCAAGGGUAGAGCACCGCAAGCUGCGGCUAGUGUGCAAAAGAUGGUAUCGUCUUUUGGCCGGAAAUUUCUUCUACUCAUUACGGAAGAGCCUUGGAAUUGCUGAGGAAUGGAUAUACAUCAUCAAGAGAGAUCGAGAUGGAAAAAUCUCAUGGCACGCAUUUGACCCAGUAUACCAAAUUUGGCAGCCCCUUCCCCCUGUUCCGAAGGAAUAUUCUGAAGCCCUUGGAUUUGGCUGUGCUGUCCUCAGUGGCUGUCAUCUAUACUUGUUUGGUGGUAAAGACCCUCUAAAAGGAUCAAUGAGAAGAGUCAUUUUUUAUAGUGCUAGGACUAAUAAGUGGCAUCGUGCCCCAGACAUGCUUCGUCGGCGGCAUUUUUUUGGCUCAUGUGUCAUUAACAAUUGUUUGUAUGUAGCUGGUGGGGAAAAUGAUGGGGGGCAUCGGUCCUUGAGAUCAGCAGAAGUUUAUGAUCCUAACAAGAAUAGAUGGUCCUUCAUUUCAGACAUGAGCACGGCAAUGGUUCCCUUCAUUGGGGUUGUGUAUGAGGGUAAGUGGUUCCUUAAGGGACUUGGAUCUCACCGGCAGGUGCUAAGUGAAGUAUACCGACCAGAAACUGAUAGCUGGGACCCUGUUUAUGAUGGCAUGGUCGCAGGCUGGAGGAACCCAAGCGCUUCCUUGAAUGGGCACCUAUAUGCUUUGGACUGUAAAGAUGGCUGCAAACUUAGGGUUUAUGAUGAUGUGUCUGAUUCUUGGAGCAAGCAUAUUGACAGCAAGACGCAUUUAGGGAAUUCUCGGGCGCUGGAGGCAGCUGCACUUGUUCCACUUAAUGGAAAACUCUGCAUCAUCAGGAAUAAUAUGAGCAUAUCUUUGGUUGAUGUGUCAAAAUCAGAUGAUUUGAGGGAAACUCCUGCAGAACAUUUAUGGGAAACUAUAUCAGGGAAAGGGCAGUUCAAGACCUUAGUUACCAAUCUCUUGUCAAGCCUAGCAGGCAGGAACCGACUGAAAAGUCAUAUCGUUCAUUGCCAGGUUCUUCAAGCAUAAAGAGGAGUGGCUUAUUAGCUUAUAAUAUCUUUUGAUAUGUUGGCUGUUGCAUUCAUGGAAGGACAAUAUCAAAAGCUCUCCAAGUUGAUGAAAGCGGCACUCACGAAUCCAUUAUAGUCAGUUCUGUUGAAGGAUCCUUAUACGAGGAGGGGUGCUUGUAUGGAUGAGGAUGUUUGUUUUGCUAGGAUUUAGCGUCACAAAUAUAUGUAAGAUACACAGUAGUUACAUGAUCAAAAUUGAAGAGCAAAUUAUCCAACUGACUUAGUCUUCUUGUCUCGACAUGGCUGUAACCGGUGUUGAUCAAGUUCAGCAUGUACAUGUAUGAAACAUGAGCAGGUCAGUUGGUUAUUGAUCUUUCUCCAUACAUCCAACUUUGUGUUUUUGUGAUUUCCAAUAUUAGGCGAUAGACAUAGUAUGUGUCCAACAACAGUUCAUAGCCAAGUUUAAAAUGAGCACGAUAAGUUUAUCGUGUCUAAGGUUUGUACUGUAAAUUAGGAAUUGAAGAAAUAUAUCAGAGCUCUGUAUGGAAUGCCCUGUGAUUCUUCAAGGGCGAAUUGGGUCAGUAACCGCUUUUCGGCUGGCUGCUUAGUCUCCAGAGCAAACUUGCAGGGAACCUACAGUGUAUCAUUUUGCUGUAUUUCCAUGGGUAAAUUUUUUAUUAAAGUGAUAUUUGCAUA